UAGACUUGAGAUAAGUCCUUACAGUUAGCUCCUUACAUGCAAAAGAAUAAAUUACAGUCCUAUGGGAAGCAUGAAGGUGUGCUCAGGAGGGACAAAGCCCACAUGUACACAUUGCAAGUACACGGGUAUACAUCAUACAGUACUCUUAAAACUGCGCAGGCGCUCACUCGCACACUCCUUCCCUUAACAACAGCCCGCGUGCAUGGCAACCAAUGCAGAGAGCCUUCCGGUGGGGGGGAGGGGAGGUGUCUCCAUGGAGACAGAGCCAGGCAGAGGGUCCCAACUAAACUGAAGGCGACCAAGGUAGCCGGACCUCAGCAGCCACUCAUUUCUGGCUUUUUCUGCUUGAGGAGUCUCCCAAACUCCUGAACCCUUUGUGUCACAGCCCCAGCCUCCCCCUAAGUAACCAUGGCAAUCCCCCCACCAUCAAAGACUGCAGCAACAAACCCAGCCUCCAACGCCCGCAGGAUGCGUAGAAUCAUUGCAGAGGACCCAGAAUGGACUCUGACAAUCAUACCCAGUCUCAUUGAGCUCUGCUUGCAGCAUAUUGUCGACAAUUUUGAAAACAACCCUAUCCUCCCACAGCUCAAGCCCGAGCAGCAGCGGAAGGUGCUGGACCGCCUGUCCACGGACAUGCCCCUGAGGGUGGUCGCCAACCUGAUCAGCGACGAGACCUACUGGCGCCGCUGCUGCACCCAGCGCUGGCCGGUGGGGCACGUGGAGAUGUACGGCAACAGCUGGAAGCGGAUGUUCUUCGAGAGGCACCUCCAGGACCUCCUGAAACUCUUCAUCCCGGGGACCACGGACCCCAACGUCAUCCUGGACAUGGUGCCCCUCUGCCAGGACUACGUGGUGAGGCUCCAGGUGGACCAGUUCCUGCCGCCGGUGAAGCUGGAGCAGGCGCUCCAGGAGAUGGACCAGUCGGACUCGGCCAGCGAGAACGAGCUGGAGGAGGUCAACAUGGACCACUACCAGCUGGGGGACCUGCUGGCCGGCCUGCGGCGGCUGGAAGAGCUGGACCUCGUGUUCGCCGUGAAGGACUGCGGCAUGAACUUCGAGUGGAACCUGUUCCUCUUCACCUCCCGGGACUGCAGCUCCCUGGCCUCCGCAAUUAAGGCUUGCCACACCCUCAAGAUCUUCAGGCUGACUCGGAGCAAAGUGGACGAUGACAAGGCUCGUGUGCUGAUUCGGAGCCUCUUGGACCACCCGGCCCUGAUGGAGCUAGACCUGUCACACAACAGUGUUGGGGACCGGGGCAUGCGCGCUGCGGCCAAGCUGAUCAACCAUAGUCAGCUGCGGAUCCUCAACCUGGCUAACAACAAAAUCAGAGCUGCAGGGGCCCAGGCACUGGCCCAUGCUCUGUCUUACAAUACCACUCUUCUCUCCCUUAACCUUCGCCUCAACUGCAUUGAGGAUGAGGGUGGGCAGGCCCUGGGCCAUGCCCUGCAGACCAACUCAACCCUCACCAGCCUGAACCUGGCAGGCAACGAGCUCUCGGAGCCCACAGCCUCUCUGUUCUCCCAGGUGCUGUCUGUCAACACCACUCUGACCUGCAUCAAUCUCUCCUGCAACCACUUUGGUCUGGAUGGUGGGAAGCAGCUGUUGGAGGGCAUGUCUGACAACAAGACCCUAAUGGAGUUUGACCUGAGGAUGUCUGAGAUUGGCCAGGAGAGUGAAUACCUCAUAGGCGUGGCCCUCAGUGCCAACCGAGAAGCUGCCCGUCUUCGGACCUUACAGCCUACCUGCUGUCAUUUAACAGUCAACAGUAUCACCAGUGGUGCUGCAAGCUGAAGGAAGGGUGACUGGCAUCCUAGGCGUCCACCUGCUGCUCAGUCCCACCUCCUUCACUCAUUGACCCCCAAUCCCCUUGCCUACUGACCAGACUCAUCCCAAAGACACUCUUCUAAUAAAGCCCCUGUCCUGUUCCCAUUCAUCUUCAGCUCCCACCCACCCCCACUCCAAGGAAGAGAAAGGAAAAAAUCUGCUAAGGAAUUAGGGAAGGGGAUUGGGGUUAAAGACUUGGAGCAAGGAGGGUCCCAGAUAGAAAAGUUGGGGACACUAGAAAGAAACAGUGGUUACAAUUUUAGGAUGGCUAGAGAACUCUGGAGGGGAGAUGAAUUCAGGAGACAUCUAUGGGCUAUAAAUAUCUCCCUCAUGCGGGCCACCACUCAUCAGCUGCCCUCUAGUCACCUCGUUCCUUGUCCCUCCGCCUUCCUUAACUCCGUGCUGAACCCUGAUUCUUUGCCUUGAACCCAAUAGGAGGCAUUGAUAAACAUGUCUUCCAACCUACAUAUAAGCACAGAGCUGGCUCCUUUGGGGUGCUUGAUUGCCAUCUGCUAUCUGCAGCCCAGCCAAGGUUAUCUUCCUCUCUCCAGCUCUGUGCUUGUCUUCAGUCAUUCCCCUGACUGAGCCACUGCUCACAGACAAUGGGGGAACAAGACUAGUUUUUUUGGGGAACUAUCCAUGGGUGAUAAAUUUGGACGAAGAGAUAGUAUAGAUCAAAUUGCAAUCCUUAUCUUCCUAUCUCCCCCCCCCACACACCACCUUCUCAAAGGGGUAUCACAUGAGAGUGGAGCAAGGUUUAGAGCAGUGGUUCUCAAACUUUUGUUUCCAGUAUUUUUAUCCAAUUAAAAAUUAUUGA